UAAAAAAUGAAUAUAUAUAUUUCCAUAAUUUCACGUUAAAACUUCUGUAAGCCUGUAGAAACUUCAGGGGCUCCAAUGGCGUAACACGGGGGCCCAUAGGAUUUUAACACCAGAAGCCAUGAACUCCUCAGUAAUUUACAUACCCAACUCGACCAACUCGAUCCCAACUCACCCAUCUUCACUCUUCCCACAAGUCUCCAAAUGCAAAUCCAUCAGACACCUAACCCAACUCCAUGCUUCCUUCAUCAAGACUGGCCAAAUUCAUGAUCCUCUCGCCGCCGCGGAGAUUCUCCGCUUUUCUUCCUUGUCCGAUUACCGCGAGAUCGACUACGCCUAUAAGGUUUUCCGUCGAAUGCACCGACCCAAUUGCUUUUCCUGGAACACCAUUAUCAGGGCUUUUGCGGAGAAUGGAGAAGACGAGAAAGCGAUUAUGGGUAUUUUACUGUUCUGCGAGAUGCUCGAUCAUGGGUUCGUGAGGCCAAACAUGUUCACAUUUCCUUCUGUGUUGAAGGCGUGUGCUGAAACGGGGAGGGUGGAGGAAGGGAAGCAAGUUCAUGGGAUGGUGGUGAAGUUUGGAUUGGAUGGCGAUGAGUUUGUGAUUAGUAAUCUCAUGAGAAUGUACGCGGUUUGCGGGGUUAUGGAGGAUACUAAUUCAUUAUUCUGUAAGAACAUUGUUGAAGAUGUUAGCAGAGUGAUUGAUGGGAAGAAGGAAGAAAGUAAUAUUGUUCUUUGGAAUGUAAUGGUUGAUGGGUAUGUAAGACAAGGAAGCUUUAAUCAAGCAAGGAAGUUGUUUGAUGAAAUGCCUCAGAGAAGUGUUGUGUCAUGGAAUGUGAUGAUUUCUGGGUAUGCACAGAAUGGGAAUUUCAAGGAAGCAAUAGACAUGUUUUAUGAAAUGCAGAUGGGAGAAUUACCUCCAAAUUAUGUAACUUUGGUGAGUGUUCUUCCAGCAAUUUCGAGACUAGGAGCACUUGAAGUAGGCAAGUGGGUGCAUUUGUAUGCUGAGAAAAAUGGCAUUGAGAUUGAUGAUGUGCUUGGUUCUGCAUUGAUUGACAUGUAUUCUAAAUGCGGAAGCAUUGAGAAGGCAAUUCAAGUUUUUGGGAGGAUACCCAGAAAGAAUGUGAUUACUUGGAGUGCAAUGAUUGGUGGACUUGCUUUGCACGGUCGAGCAAUCGAAGCUCUUGAUUGUUUUCAAAGGAUGAAUCAAGCUGGAAUCAAGCCAAGUGAUGUUGUAUACAUUGGUGUUUUAAGUGCUUGUAGCCAUGCUGGAUUAGUUCAGGAAGGCCGAGAACUUUUUAACCAUAUGAUAAAUGUGGUUGGUUUAGAGCCUAGGAUUGAACAUUACGGAUGCAUGGUUGAUCUAUUAGGCAGAGCAGGGUUUCUAAAAGAGGCUGAAGAAUUUAUCAUGAACAUGCCUGUAAAACCAGAUGAUGUGAUAUGGAAAGCCUUGCUUGGUGCUUGUAAAAUGCAUCAGAAUGUUGAAAUGGGUAAACGCGUAGCAAAAAAAUUGAUGGGUAUGACUCCUCAUGAUAGUGGAUCAUAUGUGGGAUUAUCAAAUUUGUAUGCCUCACUUGGAAACUGGGAGGCAGUUGCAGGGGUGAGGUUAAAAAUGAGAGAGAUGGAUAUAAGGAAAGAUCCCGGAUGUAGUUGGAUUGAGCUCGAUGGUGCGAUUCACGAGUUUGUUGUGGAAGAUGAAUUCCAUCCGCAAGCCAAAGAAAUUCACUCCAUGUUGGAGGAAAUUUCCGAGAAAUUGAGGUUGUUAGAUUAUAGACCGAACACCACUCAGGUAUUGCUCAACAUGGAUGAGGAAGACAAAGAGAGUGCCUUGCAUUACCAUAGUGAGAAAAUUGCAGUUGCAUUUGGAUUAAUCAGUACAAGCCCUGGUACACCUCUUCGGAUAGUCAAGAACCUGCGUGUUUGUGAAGAUUGUCACGCAUCAAUGAAGCUAAUCUCGAAGAUUUACAAAAGAAGAAUCGUUGUACGGGAUCGAAAACGCUUCCAUCAUUUCAAAAAUGGAUUAUGUUCUUGCAACGAUUAUUGGUAAUUAGAAGUCUUGCAAGUAUUGCUGUAAAAUCUUUGGGCAUUUUAUGGGCGCCAAAUUAUUUUAGAUGGGUUAAAUAUUGAAUUCUAUUUUGAAGAUAUUGACACAAAUUUUGGAUUUA